AUCUCAUUACUACCAUAAUAGUCCAGUAUCAUCAAUGGGAUCAACCAAAUCAAGUUUAGCUUCACAAUUAGCUACUUCAACAACAACUUAUCGACCAACCACAGCUCGUAACCAUUAUACAACACAAUCUUCACCAUCGCCAUCUUUACCUUCUUCUGAAUCAAGUUCAGUGCCAACUUCGUUAGGUGAUUUAGACUUAGCUUCAUAUGGAGUUCGUAUAUUUAAAGGAGCCUCCGGAGGAGUUGGGACAACAAAACGGCCAUCAGUUAGCGUAAAAGCUUCUUACAGUACUGUAUCGUCUUCCUCACUGCCUCCAGUCAGUGCCUGGAAAGAGAGGAAGCGAGAUGAACAAGUAAAAAAACAGGAACAAUUUAAGAAACAAUUGAUUGAACAACAACGAAUUCGAGUUCACCAGCUUCAUCAGGAAGCAAGCAAAACUGAUUCAUCUUCAUCUUCAUUGAUUUCUUCCUCUUCAUCUUCAUCUUCAUCUUUAAUUUCUUCGUCUGAGUCUAAACCUUCCAUAUCAACUUUGGUUUCAUCUUCAUCAAGCACAUCAACUUUAAAGCCCAUUCCAAGAUAUUCAGUCUCAUCGUAUCAUAAUAACCCUGUAAACUCUGUAAUCACUUUAUCAUCAUCAUCGCCACCAUCGCCAUCGCCAUCAACAACUCAAUCAUCGCCCAAACUGACCAAAUCAAGUAAAUCACUGAAAUCACUUAAAUCAAUCAAAUUGGCCUCAACACCAGGAACAACCUCAACCCCAUCAACCUCAUCAACCUCAUCAUCAACCUUUUCAUCAACACCAACCUCAGUCUACCAAUCAACAACAUCAUCUCGAAAUAAUAGCAAUCUCAAUAAUCACAAUCAUAAUAUAAAUAAUAGUAGCAAUAGUAAUAAUAAUAGUCUUAAUCAUAAAAAUAGCAAUAGUAAUACAAAUUCCGGCACAAACUCGAGGUAAAAAUUGACAGUUUUUGAUAACAAACAAAUUGUUAAUACUUUAGGUUACAGUGAAAAUGUAAAGAUCAAAGAGUGAAAAGGAUUUCAUUGCAGAACCAGAUAAAGGUUGAAUGGCAUGAGAAGCUAAUCAUCAAAAGUAAACAUUAAUUGUCAAAUUCAUCAACAAUUGUCAUUACAAAAUGAUUCAAUUGCGCCCAUUGAUUUAAUUAAACCAUAUUACCUUUUGAUUUUAGUUGCAACUCUAUUUACAUUCAAACUCUGUCACUUCGUUUUUUUCAACUCUUCACAAAGAGGUAACAAUGAAACAACAUGAUUAAUUGACUAAUUAUUAUUACUAUUAUCAGAUAAUCAAGAUGAUGUAUAAUUAGGUUGAUCAAGUUUUGUGUUUUGGGUCAUUAUUUUGU